AUGACCCGAGGAAACCAGAGAGACUUGGCUCGUGAAAAGAGUGCCAAGAAAACUGCUUCAAAAGGUGAACGCAAGGACAAUAUUCCUCCUGCCAAGCGAAAGGAACAUGAUGCCGCUGCUUUGCAAGCCAAACUUGCAGCAAAAAAGGCUGCUGCCGAACAGUCUGCUGAUAAAAAAUAAUCAAGUCUUUUAGAUGGCUUCAAGGAUUCUUGACUCUUGCCAUUCAUUUAUCCAACUGUUGACACUUUGAACACCAGCUCCAAAUACAAGCGCUGACUCUUUUAACUCUGUGCAUUUUCUAUUUGAUAGAUUGGUGAUUGGAUUUGAGUGAAAAAGACUGAAUCGUAUAUCCAUUAUUUUGAUCAACCCUAUCGUUAUUUAACAUUGCAAGUGACGUUAUGAUGGUACUGUGUAAACCAAGUUGUACGAUUCAACUCUUGUAAACAACUUUUAAAGCCUUGGUAUGCUUUAUUCUCCAGUUACCAAGCUGUUUGUUGCUGUGUAAAUAGAUUGAUACUCAUUUUAAAGUCAACAUGUAGUCUCGUCAGGUUGAUACAUGAUCAAAAUGAUAUUUGUUUUCAACACAUGUAACCAACUGAGUAGAUUGCCAAUAUUUAAAAUGAAUUUGGCUUAUGGAAUCCAAAUCAGC